UGUCUCCGCUGUAUCACUCUAGCCCAGAGGUACCACACUGGCGAGAGAUGUUCAACUAUACAAAAGUUUCAUAAACAUGGUAAAUUUUCUUAAUGAUUCCCUCGUCAAUUUAACAGAUAUUGGAAAUAAGACUUAUCAAGUGGAUAUCACAAAAGCUGUUGUUGUGGGCGCCAUUUUAAGCUUUGUUAUCUGUGUUAUUAUCGGGGGCAAUGUAUUAGUCCUCAUAGCGGUUUACGCUAAUUCUCACUUACGGAGUACAACAAAUUACUUUAUUGUAAACCUAGCCUGUGCAGAUUUAUUGCUGGGUAUUACAGUUUUGCCAUUUUCAGCCACUCAUGAAAUAAUUGGUUAUUGGCCAUUCGGCCACGUUUUCUGUGAAAUAUGGGCAGCCAUCGAUGUGCUUUGGUGUACCGGCUCUAUAAUUACAUUGACUGCUAUAAGUGUUGACAGGUAUAUUGGAGUGACUAGACCUUUGCAACAUUCGACAAUAAUGUCAGAGAAAAAGGCAUGUUACGUCAUCAUUUUUGCAUGGAUAGUUUCUGCCGCCAUUUCUGUGGUACCAUUUAUCGGCUGGAAGGAACCACAAUCCCCAGACCCCACACAGUGUACUGUGAAUUCGGAAUUGGGUUAUGUUCUUGUAUCAGUGUCGAUUUCAUUUUACAUCCCCAUGUCUGUUAUUAUAUUUGUCUACAUUAGAAUUUACAAGGAAGCGGUCAAACAUUCGGCCUGUUUACAAACAGGAAUUAAGCUCUCUAAACUGGAAUCAGAGGGAGUGACUCUACGUGUACAUACGGGGAGAGCUAACAGCCAAAAUGGUAUCCCAUGUACGUACCAGAGUAGCAGCUCCUCGGAACAUUCGGACACCUCUUCGCGUAGAGUGGUUGCGAAAUUUACCAUUGCUGGAAAACUUGCUAAGUUCAAAAGAGAGAAAAAGGCAGCACAGACGCUUGGCAUAGUGGUUGGCGUCUUUCUACUGUGCUGGUUUCCGUUCUUCUUCUGUUUACCCCUCAGUGCCUUAUGUGGAGAUUACUGUCACAUCCCAGAUUUGUUCUUCAAGAUUAUAUUUUGGCUUGGUUAUUGUAAUUCUAUGAUAAACCCUAUUAUCUACGCUUGUUCAAGUCGCGAGUUCCAAAGGGCCUUUCGGCGAAUCCUAAGAUGUCGAGUUCAUAGAAACCCAAGAUUGUUUUACAAAUCUAAAUGUAGAAGUACAUCGAUUUCUGACCUGAACUCUUCCAACCAGCUGUCUGUGAAAAAAUCACCCAAUAUUCUAUAUAGGUCAGAGUUUGGACGACGUUCCUCGAGGCCAAUAUUUAAUCAGAACACAAUGGGUAAUAACGGACGUCGCAAUGGUUCUCAUUGUUACUCAAAAGAUUUGUACUCGGCAGAACCUGAAAAUGGCAAAUUAUCACCCAGCAUGAAACAUCUGAAAAUAUGUGAAAGCUGUGAUAGCGAAAACCUUUCUUUAAGUGACGAUCAAAUGGAGGCUUUGAAAGAAGAAUGCCUGCAGCACUUGCGGUGACAAUUCAUUUACCAACAAAGCACCACAUUCGGUAAAUAAUUAUUCGUGAGAUGAACAAGACAGCUAGCGGUCAUAGGCCAAACUCUGAAUUCGUUGGCUUGUUCUGUCACUUCAGCUGAUUAAACGGUUAUGAAUCGUU